AUGUCCGAAUGGGGUACCGAUACAGCUUUGCAUGUUCUGUUAGCCGACCACCGCCUCUCCGCUAGCGUCGCUAGCAUCUACUUUGUCGCGAAGAUGGAUCUCGAUGCACCGCAGGGCAUACAAGUGUCAGGCGCCAUGAGCGGGAGUAUGGGUGGGAGCCCAAUGACUCACGAUUAUUGGAAGCGGGCUGUCUAUCGCGCAGCACCUAAGCACUUCAGCGUCGAAUUGCUCCCUCCUGAGAAGCAAGGGAGCCAGUACAGUUAUGGCAUGCGCGUGUCCCCCAUCGUAUCUAGCGCAGCUUCAACAAAGUCAUCCUUCAUGAACACGACCUACGACAUCUGGCGGCGUUGGGAUGACUGCCUGUGGUUUCAGGACAUGAUCGAGAACGAGUACUCUGUGAUCGCUGCCCAGAAGCGCAAACGGCUCCUGGAGGGGAAGGGUGUCAAGAAGAACGGCAUUUACAUCCAGGACCGUGCGUCUUCCUGGGAGUCGCUUCCACCCGGCCCCGAUCCCAAGUCUGUGAAGAAGGACGUACACGAACAUCUGCCAAAGCUCACGAAGCGCGGCAGUAUCUUCCGGACCAGCAUGGCCACUGUCGAGCAACGAGCUAUGGAGCUGCACGCCCUCGUAGAAGCAUUCCUGGCCGACGACGUCCCGGUUCUCAUCCAGGACUUGCGAGAUAACCGUGCCAUCCGCGACUUCUUUGGUUUUUGGCGUCGCGACCACGACUUGCUUUUGAAACGCAAGCCUCCGAUGAAGCCCAGUCCGAAGGGAAAAGAGAGCCGUGUUUCCACACUCAGCGCCUUCUCGUUUCAUUUGUCGACAUCCAACUCCCCGGCCUCUCAAUAUCCGGAUGCCCCUGCCUCACCGUCAGCCUCGACCUUCUCGCCGGGCAGGAGUGCCAGCGUACUUGGUAGGCCUAUGGCAGAUACCACAAACUCUACCUUGGCGUCGCCUGGUCGGGUUCUAUCAUCUGCGGCCUCCGUGAGCGCCACUUCUCACGCCGGGUCGAGUGCACGUCGAGGCUUCUCCCGCGGUUCCGCGUCUGAGGCGUCCGGAACAACCCUCAGAUCAAAGCACGUCCCUGACAUUCGCGUCGUCACUGUCCCGCCGCCAAAUGCAGCAUCGACCUCGUCGUCGGCCUCAGCAUCGGGUUCGAGUUCGAGCUCGAGCUCUGGCACACUCUCCCAAUCUGGGUAUGGACGCUCUCGCUCGGCAUCUGUACCCAGAGUCACGAAGUCAUUCGACGUCAGCGAGGACUUCCCGCUAUUCCUCUCGAGCUCUACGCGCGAUAUAUCCGGCCCAUCGGUUGGUCCGCAGCGCCCGUCGCCAUCGAUUCCGUCUCGUCCUAGACUUGAGGCUCUACCCGAGGACCAGGAGCUCGGGGCUCCCUCACCUUCCAAAGAGGCCUUCGACCAGCCAGAGACACCAUCUGGGCGUCGCCGUGCCCAGUCUCUCGGCGGCGCGUCGGGUUCAAAUCGCACCACCGCAGUCUUCGAGGAGGCGUUUCCUCAGCCUGAAGCCGACGAGGAACUCGUUGGUCAAGAUGCUUCGGCAUCUUCGCCAGAGCGCGACCGCGAUUCAACAGAGGUUAACCCCGGUCUUAUUUCUUCUGCUGCAACGCUUUCAACUGCCUCGCUUCAGUCGAGAAGGUCUUCAUGGAGAACGGCUCCGCGCUCACGACCCUCGUCGGCGGGCUCUGCUAUUUCUGGGAUGUCUAACAUUGACAUCGAUCUAUCGGGCUUCAUCGCGCCUUCCACACCGCCCGACUAUUACGCCAUGCGCUCUCGCCAUCCUCGCAAGGCGUCCAUCAUAACGGUAGACUCUGCGGAGGCCGUCAUUCCGCGCUACAUGCUGGAUUCCGAGCCGGAGAGAACGCCAGAGGAGCCGCAGACCAUCCCGGAAGUGCCGCGGGCCGGGCUGCGCGUUGACGUUCGUCGCUCAAUGUCUGGUCGUGUGCCGUCAGCCCCACGGCAAAUGCGCCCUAGAAGCAACAGCCAGCCUCUACCAGAAACGCCGGCUGCGACCGACGAGCGCUUCUCUACCAUGCCACUCGAGAACGGGUCAGACUCGGGCCUCGAGCUAGACGACGAAUUCCUUGACGCGUAUUUCACUGAAGGGGCAGAGCGCAAUGAGCUGUAUAGCGCCGAUGAGUUUGACGAGCCUUAUGGCGAUGUCGAUACGUCGUCUGCGAACAUGGACCCGGACUUCGUUCUUGUCCCGGAGGGUGAGGGCCAGGACCUGGACGUGCCGCAGACACCGCAUACGCCUCUACCCGAUACACCCAAUACACCGCUCAACACAAGGCGCCAGCAAGUAGCCAUGAGCCUUUCGUCGGAGUUAUUCCAUCAGCCGUUCCGCUCGACGCGCUCGUCAAGGGUAUCGGGGCUUUCGGCCGUACAGUUCCACCUGCCGUUCACGCCGCCAGCGCAUCCCGUACCCGAGCUUCCGCCUUUCCCCAACACGCCCACAACACCGCACCUACCACUCGAGCAGGAGCGUGCGCUAUCUGUCAGCCCACCGACCUCACCGGACGAUAUCGUUGUAGUGAAAGCAAUGUGUGGCGAUAUCAUCGUGCAAUUCCGCAUGCCGCGCACUACUAGCUUGUACGACGCACGUACCCGCGUCACCGACAAGUUCACUAGUACGGAGGGCAUGCAUCUCGCCCCCGGCUUUGCGCUUUCAUAUGUCCCUCCCAUGGCUCGCGGCCAUGCACAGGCAGCGCAUGGUAGUACUAUGUCCGCAGCUAGCGGCGACUGGUCGCGCCAGGUUGUCAUUCGGUCUGAAGAUGACUGGCGAGUCGCCGUCUACACCUGCGGCCCGAAGCUCGUCCUUCGUAUCGGUGACGCCGGAUCACCCUGA